UGACCUACAGAACAUGACUCGGUUGGCCGAUGUUAUGUUCCGUGGUAAGGGUUAUCUGUACCAGAUGCCAUGGCCACCUGCUGGGCUUGCUGCUGCUACUACUGCCAAGUCCUCGCCUCCUCAGAAAGAUAAUUGCAUAGACAAUCUGUUAUCUACAUCGAGCAGACAUGAUGGAGUGGAUCUGGCACAUGAAGGGGGUACCGAUGGUGAUCAACAUAGUAAGCUGAGCUCCAACAACAGGAUGAAAGAUCCUCCUUCAUCGUCAGUUGUGGACACCACAUGUUCCCAAAAUCAAUAUAUGGACCCCCAUGAUGUCAAUGAAGCUGGAGGCGACGAGGCGGCACCAUCUGAAAACCAUCACACCCUCAAGUCUCCAGUUAAUAGAACCAAGGCUGUGGAGGUGGAAAAUAGCAUAACUCAUCUGAAUUCAGCUCAACAUGACCUCAGUGAGAAAGCAAGUCUAGAUCUGGAUGGUGAUAGUGCUAGGAUUGAGCCAGUGGAAAUGUAUCCCAGCCAUGAACUGACUCUGCAAAAUGCUCCUGCUAUACCUUCCGUAAGCUGCAAUGUGGCUAUUCGAAUAGAUAAAUCUGAAACCAGCAAUCUGCAAGAUAAUACUACAGAUGGUGCUGAGAUGUUUGAACCACAGAAUUGUGAUAAGGCUCACCAGGAAGUCACUUGUGCCAACAAUGUUAGUGAAACAGAUGAAGAGCCCGGUGGCCAGAGGAAGAAGCUGAAAACAAACGAAACAAGUAAUGCUUGUCCUCAAGAGUUGGAUCAGCACAUUUCUUCACCAUCAAGCUGUAGUAAUCCUUUUGUGGUUGAGUCUGAGAUAAUCUCCACAACCAUAGUGCGAAAAAAUAAUCUGAGAGUUCCAUGCCAGAAGAGUUCAAUGGGGAAGCUGGCAACAACACGAUAUAAGCCUCAGAACAAAGAUGCCUCGAUCUGUCCACAGCAGGGUGACCCUCCUAGGAAACCAAGAUGGAAGGAAGCAGCUCAUCCCAAGGGCGCUAGGACUCGCUCAAGUCAUGUUGUCCAAUGCCGGAACAGCUCAAUGGGGCAGCCAGCAACAACGGAGAAGCCUCUAUGCAAAAGAAACAAUUUGGUCAGAGUAAACAACCUGACAGAUGAAGAGCCUGGUGGCCAGAGGAAGAAGCUGAAAACAAAAGCAACAAGCAAUGCUUGUCCUGAAGAGCUAGUUCAGCACAUUCCUUCACCAUCAAGCUGUAAUCCAACCACAGUGCAUCAAAAUAAUCCAACAGUUCCAUUCGGGAACAUUUCAAUGCGACAGAAGGCAACAACACAGCAUGCAAGGACCAAUAAUGCGAAAACCAAUCUGCAUGUUGAGGAUGGCAACGCGAUGCUUGAAUGCAACUCAAAGGGCUGCAAGAGAAUGUUUUCAUCGAUAUCCAAUCUGACCAGACAUCGUAGGGAAGUCCAUAAGAACGGUAAAUGUAUCCCAUGUGGACGGUGCGACAAGAAGUUUACAAGACCAGAGAAUCUUAAAAUUCAUUUUGGGAGACUGCAUAACUCGAUGGAGACAUGUCUAUUCAAAGGGUGCACUGAGGAGUUUCCUGACAAGCAUGCUAGGAAGACUCAUGAAAAAUCUAACCAGCAUGUUGAUGAUGGAACUAAGAAGAUAAAAUGCCACUUCAAGGGCUGCCCGAAAAAAUAUUCAUCGAGGAAAGAUCAGAACAGGCAUUAUAAGAUAGUUCAUAAGAGCCCGGGAGUCCAAUAAAGGAGAAGAUAGAGGUAUAGAUGGCCUUAUACCAAUAUGUUGGAGAGGCUGCAUUGUGGUCUGCAGAAGCCUGAAUAUUUUGUUCUUGAGCAGUAUGUUUGCACAUGUUAUAUCAAUGUGGUUGGAAGAAUUCUUACCGUGGUCUUUUGUGUAAUCUGGCACCAAUUAUGAGGUAUAAAUUUCAUGUUUACCAGAAUACCAGUUG